AUGCAUAUCAGGAGAAAGUUCACAAGCCUGCCCCAUCGCGAGGAGAAUGUUUGCGGGCUGAGGAGCGUAGGGAUGAAGGUCAAGGGCGAGGGUGAGGUCAAGAGACGAGGAAUGGAGCAGAUGGAUCAGGUGGAACUCUGGAUGAUCGAGAAGAAGGUCAGAGCAGCAGAUCUGGAGCAUGCUUUCAUUCCUAGGAAGCAUGGAGACGUGAGAGGAAUAGUUGCCAAGAAAGAGAUGCAGCUCGACGAGACGAUGGUUCGACUUCCACGUGACGCUGUCUUGUGUGUCAAGGGCAACGAACCUUGUCCCGACGAUAAGUUGCUUGAAUUUUGGAAUCGAUAUGACAAGUGGUACGUGCGACUGGGAUUAAAACUUUUGAUGGAGCAGAGGAAGGGGAGCAAGAGCGCGAUCUGGGGAUACAUCCGACUUCUUCCUGAAGUUGACCAAGUACAGAACUUCCCGUGUGAGUGGGACGAGGAGCUUCUAGACGAGCUCAAGUGCGAGUCAAUCAUCGCGAGCGUGAAGAAACAGAAAAAAGUAUGGGCGGAGAUGGUACAAGAAUUCCCCAAGCUGUGUCCAGGCAGCGACUUUAGCGCGCAAGAGCUUCGAUGGUCAUGGCACAUGUGCUUGAGCAGAGCCUUUGCGGGCCAGUUCGGUGGAGGAAUGCUCAGCAUGAUCCCUGUCGUCGGGCUAGUUAUCGAGCUGCUUGCAAGCUUGAAUCCAUCCAAGGAUGACUUUGCUUUGCUGCCCAUUAUUGACUCUUGCAACCAUGACGGACGGAUCAACAAGACAGACUUGGUCUUCAACCCAUUGAGCAACGAACUGAUUCUGCGCAAUGGACAAGGAACCUUAAAAGCAGGGGAAGAAGUUCGAAUCACCUACGGAACGCUGGACAACGACGAGCUGCUGCAGAGGUUUGGGUUCGUAGAAGACAACUGUCUGCAUGACAAGGUGAAGAUCGGCAUCAACGACAUAGCAGAAGCCAUGCAGGCGAGUCAUGCUGAACGAGACAUCCUCUGGCGGGAGAGGCUGUUGGAGGCAGGUCUAGGUUCUGCUUGCCUGGAUGAGCUUGUGAUAGGAAGAAGGGGAGCUGUAGACAGACCAGCUGAGGUCCAGCUUGCGCUCGGGAUUCUCUUCGGUGAAGCUGGCAAGGGGGUAUCGAGCUUCGAAAGAGUGUCGUCGGAGGUGCUGGGAAGGGUAUGCCAGCACGUGCUCUUGGGCAAGUACGCUGUGGGCGACCUCCAGGUCGGAGCGGGUGGGGAUGGUGCCAGCGAGGUGCAGGUCAACCUGGUGAAGGAGUACCGGGAGGCAAGAGCGAGCGUUCUCCGGGAGGCUAUCCUAGUGCACAACAAAUGA